AUGGAUCCAAUCACCCCCAACAAUAUAAUUGAGGAUUGUAAUGGUACUGAGAUUAUAAGGUCUCAAUUGGGCGAUAUCCUUGAUCCAAGUGAAUACGCAGUAGAUGAGAAUGAAAUUGGAAAAUUGAAUGUUAAAAAGGAUACCAAUAUGCUUGCUCGUGCAGCUGUGAUUGGAGAACACAAUGAAAUCGAAAACAUCAAUAUUGCAAGGGACACCAAGGUAGCUGGAUGCUUAAGCAUAACUGGAGAACACAAUGAAAUCAAAAACAUCAACAUUGCAAGGGACACUAAGGCAAUUGGAUGCUUAAACAUAACUGGCGAGCACAAUGAAAUCGAAAACAUCAAUAUUGCAAGGGACACUAAUGCAUUUGGAUGUUUAAGCAUAACUGGAAUUCACAAUGAAAUCGGAAACACAAAUAUUUCAAGGGACACCAAGACGACUGCAUGUGCAAAUAUAGAGGCAAUACACAAUGAAGAAUCAAAUACAAAAGUUACUAGAGACAAUGAGGCAACUGCAUGCUUAAGGAUAACUGGAAUGCGCAAUACAAUUGGGAAUUCUACAAAAACAAGGGAUAAUAAGGCAACCGGAUGCUUAGAAGUGACUGGGAUCCAAAAUAAAAUUGGGAACUCAUCAGAAUCAAGAAACAAUAAGGCAACUAGAUGCACAAGCAUAACUGUAAUGAACAACGAACUUUUUAAUCGCGAAGACUCAAAAAACAACCAAGAGCAUGGUUGCUCAAGCGAAGUUCUAAUCAAUAAUCAAUUAUGUAAUUAUAAAAACACUGAAAAGAAGCCUGGUAUCUCUACUAGUGUCACUGGAACUGGUGUGAGUGCUUUUAACAUGCAUGUAGACAAAUCAUUUGGUCUUGAUAUAGGUGCUAGUGGUCAAGUUUCCUUUUUGAAUGUGAAUCUUGGAACUCGUUUACAACUUGGUAUAGGAUUUGGCUUUGAUCUUGGAAUACCAUUCCUUGGCAGUGAUUCUAAUGAAGGCAAAGACAAUCGUAGUACACGAAAUGGAGAUCAUUCUGGAGGUGAUCAUGGAGGUGGUUCUAAUGAAGGCAAAGAUAAUCCUAAUACACAAAAUGGAGAUUAUGCUGGGGGUGAUCCUAAUGGAGACAUCAAUGAUGACAAUUCUAAUACACAAAAUGGAGAUUAUCCUGGAGGUGAUCAUAAUGAAAACGGCAGAAACAAUCCUAAUACACAAAAUGGAGAUAGUUCUGGAGGUUGUUUUAAUGAAGACAGCCAAGACAAUCCUAAUACACAAAAUGGAGAUUGUUCUGGUGGUGAUUAUGGUGAAAAUGACAGAAACAAUUCUAAUACGCAAAAUGGAGAUAGUUCUGGAGGUGGUUUUAAUGAAGACAGCCAAGACAAUCCUAAUACACAAAAUGGAGAUUGUUCUGGUGGUGGUUAUGGUGAAAACAACAGAAACACUCCUAAUACACAGAAUGGAGAUCGUUUUGGGGGUGAUCAUUGUGAAAGUGACACAAACAAUCCUAAUGGGCAAAAUGGAGAUUGUUCUGGUGGUGAUUAUGGUGAAAACGACAGAAACAAUCCUAAUACACAAAAUGGAGAUCGUUUUGGGGGCGAUCAUUGUGAAAGCGACACAAACAAUCCUAAUACACCAAAUGGAGAUUGUGAUAGGGGUGAUCAUGGUGAAGGUAACAGAGAUACAUCUAAUAUACAAAAUGAGGGCAAUUAUGGCAAUAAUGACAACCCUAAUACACGAAAUGAAGGAGGUUCUGAAAAUGAAAGCAGCUCAAUUGGAAUUUUAAGAGCUGACCAUUUAACUGUUAUUGAUGAAAGUUAUUUGGUUUAUAGCAAUGGAGGAUCGUCAAGUAUUGCCAAUAACAUUCGACCAUCCUCAUUUGGCUUCAAUCAAAGCUCUACAGAAAGGGUUCAAAAUUUUGUUGGGCUUCAUAUUGAAGGUAAUUUGGUUAAUGGUAAUGGAGAAAUGUCGAGUACUGGGAAUCAAGGCACUACAAGUACUUCUGAAGAAAGUUUUUCAGAGGACGCUGAAAAGCACGGUAAUAAUGAUGUUUGCAGCAAUGAACAGAAUAAUAUACACUCACAUUCAUUCUCAAAUUCGGCAUUUGAUAAUGGUAAUGACACCACUUUUACUGCAAACCGCUCUCUUUACACCGCCAGUAAUAUCCAAACAUCCUCAUUUGGCUUCAAUCAAAGUUCUAGACAAGGGGUACAAAGUGAUCAAAACUUUGCUAGACUUCGAGGUGAAGGUACCGGACUGCAUAAUCCUACUAGCUUGAGGGAAGGUAGUAAGUUGAAGAGAAUGAAUUACACAACUGGCAAAAAUAAAGACAAUUGUUUAAUUGUAUAG